AUGAAGGUGCCCCCAAAAUGGAAGACCUUCAUGUGGAGAGCAGUUUGUGAUAUCCUCCCUACCACUGCUAAUUUAAUUAUAAAGAGAGUCGAUAUUGAUCCUACAUGUCAGAAGUGUGGUUUAAUGCAUGAGGAUGUUAUGCAUGCACUAGUUGCUUGUGAUUAUUCUAAACUUGUUUGGAAUAUUACAGGCCUACCUAUCACAAAUAUUAUUACCGAUUCUUUCCCUGCCUGGCUAAUAGCUGCGCUUGCAAUUUUGACAGAAGAACAGAUUGGUAUCUUGGUGGCGAUUCUAUAUCACUUAUGGCAGAGUCGCAACUCAGCCGUGUGGGAAAAAUCAUUACCUCAUCCCGCCAGUUUAUGGAGGAGAGCAUCCGCGGCAAUGAGCUCCUUCGGACUCGCCAACCAUCGUCCGUUGCUGCCUGCACCGCACAAACCAGAACAUGGUGUACACGCCAGGCCACGGUGCUACGUAGACGCGGGUUACCGGCACGCUACGGGGGAGGCCUCCUUUGGUGUGGUGCUACUCUCGCUGAAUGGAACAUUCAUGGCGGCGUGGAAUGGAAGGCUACCAACUUGCUUUUCACCAUUUAUGGCAGAAGCCUUAGCUUGCAAGGAGGCUCUAUCCUGGCUGCUCGAGAGGAAUAUAGUUGAUGUGGAUCUACUCACGGAUUGCUUGCAACUUCAGAAUGUCGUGCGCCAGGAGCCAACGACUAUUAUGUCUUAUGCUGGGGUCACAGUCGACUACUGUAGGUCGUUGAUGGCUUUGUUUACUUAUAGUUCGUUAAGUUAUGUUUUUAGGCAGGUUAAUUCACACGCACAUGUUUUAGCUUCGUUAGCUUUUACUCAGGACCAGGUUAUGAUGUGGGGUUUAAUCCCACCUGACUCUAUUACAGCUUUGCUUCAUUAA